AUGGCAGACACCAUUGCAAGUAGGAACAAACUCCACGGUAAAGUAGCUAUUGUCACCGGCGGCGCCAGCGGCAUCGGCGAGGCCAGCGCUCGAAGCUUCGCGGCUCACGGUGCGCGGGCUGUUGUGAUCGCCGACGUCCAGGACGAGAAGGGCCAAAACGUUGCCGUUUCAAUAGGCCCCGAGCGCUGCAGCUACGUCCACUGCGACAUUACAGACGAGGAGCAAGUCAAAACCCUAGUCGAAUCCACCGUACGGAAGUGCGGACGCCUCGAUGUCAUGUUCAGCAACGCCGGCGUCCCCAGCGCCUCCGACCAGACGGUCCUAGACCUCGACUUCUCCGCUUUCGAGAGGCUUUUGGCCGUGAACGUGCGCGGCAUGGCGGCGUGUGUGAAGCACGCGGCGCGGGCGAUGGUGGAGGGAGGGGUGAAGGGCGGGAGCGUGGUUUGCACGGCGAACGCGGCGGCGAGAGUGGGGAUGGAGAGGUUCACGGACUACGUGAUGUCGAAGCACGCGUUGCUGGGGCUGGUGCGAUCGGCGAGCCUGCAGCUGGCGAAGCAUGGGAUUCGGGUGAAUAGCGUGUCGCCGGGAGGGGUCGGGACGCCGCUGCUGCGGGCGAUGCUGGGGAUCGAGGAGGAGGUGGAGCUGGAUGAGGUGGUGGAAGGGUUUUCGCGUAUGAAGGGGACUAUGAAGGCGAAAAAUGUGGCUGAUGCGGUGGUGUUUUUGGCGUCGGAGGACUCAGAGUUUAUGACGGGGCAUGAUCUGGCUGUCGAUGGUGGUAAUAUAAUGUAG